AUACAUCCGAAAGGGUCUUUUUGGGGGAGCCUAGCGUUUAGCUAGUCUGCUGGGCAAACCCUUCACUCGAGUUAUGGGUCUGAAUGUGCAGCCUACUCAUGCCUUCAGGCUUGUGUACUGAAGCCCCCCUCGCUCAGUGCUAGUCUAUGCGUAGAGGCACACUUGUUGAUCAAAAUUCCAAUUAGGGUCUGUGCCUGCAGCGCAGACUAGCGUUUAACCACAUUCGCUGUUAUGGUGCACGUGCGUCGAUGAUGUUGUUCUCUUGAAAGAUCGAAAUCUGGGACAAUCAAAAUGCGCUAGAAUGUCGUUACUGGAGCUGUCAUUGGUAAAUUAAGAAAAGUUUAAUAAGGACAGCUAUAGACGGGGUGAUUAUUUUGAGACAACCGAUUCAAAGAUGGAGGAGGAUUUUCCAAGAGGUGCCGUAUCCAGACGCACCACAAGAUCAGCAGAUGACAAAAAGAAAAGUUUUGUUCAACUUAGUUCCAAACGUAGCCUGGAAGAUGUCUUGUUUAAGGACUCUGAGCAAGCGACCCCCAGUAAAGGGAAGAAAAAGAGAAAGACAAAGAAGAGUGAAGGUGGAGUGACAGAAGAACAAACCUUGGAAGAAAAGUUUGAAGGAGAAACAGAAAGGGAUGGUGUCGUUCCUAAACCACUCACAGCAAAGACACUGAUGGAAGGCAUGCUGGUGCUAGCGGUCAUACAGGAGAUACAUGAAUAUGAAAUUGUUCUUAGUCUUCCAAACGGGCUGACCGCGUUUGUUCAGAUCACAGACAUUUCAUCCUACUUCACGCAGCAGCUUCAAGACCUGAAUGAAUCAACCAAUGCUGAUGAUCAGGAGCUUCCCAACAUUCGAGACGUGUAUGACGUGGGGAACCUGGUCCCUUGUAAGAUCAAGUCGCUAGGUGCAUCCAAGGAUGGCCAUCGUCGUAUCCAGGCCUCGCUUGAUUACGAAGAAAUCAACUCAGAACUCAGCAUCUCUCUCAUCAAAGUGGGCAUGACCCUUCAUGGCUGCAUCUCCAGUAUCGAAGAUCACGGCUACACCAUCAACCUCGGCAUCAAGGGCACCAAUGCUUUCCUGGCCAAGGACGAUGCGGCCAGGGGCGCCAAAGGCAGGACGGGUGAGGCCAUGAAGGCCGGGAAGCUUGUGACGUGCCUGGUCAAGGCGGUCAAGUCCAAUGGAAGGUCCAUCAUUCUGACAUUUGACCAGGAGAGGUUAAAGUCCUCUAAAGCUACCAAGACCACGCAUACCACGUUUUCUUCUCUGAUACCAGGGACGAGACUGGAUGUCAUGGUUACCAAGGUUCUUCCAAACUCUAUGAUCACAGACAUCUUUGGUCUCUACAAGGGCUGUGUAGAUCCUAUACAUCUCAAGGACACUGCUGACGAACUCACCAAGUAUGAAAUCGGCCAGAAGGUCACGGCCGUUAUUCUGUACAACUGUCCAACCACCAAGUCCAUCGGACUCGGCCUGAACCCAAUUCAUCAGAAGUUGUCCUUCGACCUUACCACCGACUUCAUCCGUGACCUUUCACCCGGUGACAUCAUUGAAGAUGCCUUGGUGGUCCGAGUCCAAGAGAAGGAGAAUCUUAUUGUGCAGCUGAAUAAAAAAAUGAGAGGCAUAGUUUAUCAUUCCCAUGGCAGUGAUGACAAACAGAAGAGGCACAGUCCGGCGAGCAUUGGGGAGAAGGUCAGGUGUCGUAUCUUGAACUUCAACCUCUUUGAUCGGCUGGCCAUUGUGUCUUUGAGGCAGUCCAUCUUAGAUAAGCCAUUCCUUGGGAUCAACGAUGUCAAGCCAGGCAUGCUGGUCACGGGAGUGAUUGAGUCGGUGAUGCCGAGAGGUGUAGCUGUUAAGAUUCAGGAUCGGAUCCAUGGCUUUGUUCCAAGAACCCAUCUGGCUGAUAUUCCUGUUCAGAAACCACAAGAAAGGUUCACUGUUGGGUCAGAAAUAGAAUUAAGGGUGCUCCUUGUUGAACCCUCCAAGAGGCGCGUCCUCCUCACUCACAAGAAGACCAUGGUGAAAUCCAGUCUGCCGAUCCUUGCCUCUUACUCACAGCCCAAGGUGGGCAUGUGGGUGCACGGCUGCGUCGUGGCUGUCAAGGACUUUGGCUGCAUCGUGUCCUUCUACAAUGAUGUCAAAGGCAUCAUCCCCAGGGCAGAGUUAGGGAUAGACGACAGCGCCUCUCCUGCAGAUAACUUCUACGUUGGUCAAGUUCUCAAGUGCCAGGUCGUCAGGACGCACAACCCUGAGAGCAAGAAGCUGUCUCUAUCCCUCAGGAAAGAUAGUAGGAGAGAGCAGGAAUCUUUCGAGCCUGGCAAGGAUGAUAUCAGAUAUUGGGGAGAUGGCACAUCAUCUCAAGAAGUUCUACUAGAAUGCAUCAUUGAGGAGAUGAGGUUACUGCGGAGGACGAUAGUAGAACGCUUCCCAUUACCCACUCCACCACCAGCACCAACAUCUGCCACUCCAGCACUCACUUGCACACCACAAGCACCAAAGCCUUCCAUAUCAACACAAACAUAUGCUCUGCCAGCACCAACAUCUACCGCACAAGUACAUGUACCAUCUAUUACCAAUGAAGCAACAUUAUCUGCUCCACCGGUGUUUACACCUUUGCGACACGCAUCAACAUAUCAUGCUCCACCUGCAGUUACAGAUUAUGCACCAUCAGUAAUAUCAGCAGCUCUAACAACGGCAAGGCCUGUUACACAAGUACCAGCAUCUGCUCCACCAGUAACGGUGUCAGCUCCACCAGGAGCAGUGAUGUAUCCUCCGGCAGCACCAACAAAUGUUCAAUCAGGAAAAAGAUAUGCUCCACAAGGACCAACUUAUACUCCAGAAGCUCGACCAAGCGCUCCAGCAGCGCUAUAUGCUCCACCAGCACCAGCAUAUGCUCCACCAGCAACCUCAAAUGCUCCACCGGCACCAGCAAAUGCUAGACCAGUACCAGCGAAUGCUCUAUCAGCAUUAUCAAACACUCCACCAGCACUAACACAUGCUCAACCAAUACCAGAGUACGCUUCACUCGCACAUACUCCGGCUCAACCAGCAACAACUUAUUAUGCUUUACAUGUACUACCAUAUGCUCCACAAGCACCAACAAUUACACCAUCAGCAGCAUCAUAUACUCCACCAGCUCAAAUGAAUGCUCCAGCAACAAUAACAUAUUCUGCACCAGCUCUCACAAAUACUCCGUCAGUACCAACAGAUUGUUCACCAGUACCAGCAAUUGCUCCUCCACCACCACCAAAUACUCAACCUGCACCAGUGCACCUUCGACCUGCACAUAGUCUGGCUCAACUAGCAACAAAUUCUUAUGCUUCAAAUUUACCAACAUAUGCUCCACAAGCACCAACAAAUGCACUAUCAGUUACACCAGAAGCUCUACCAUUACCAGCAAAUGCUCCACUUGUACCGGCAAAUGCUCAACCAGUACCAGCAAAUGCUCGACCAUUAGCAGCAAAUGCUCCACCAGUAGCAGCAAAUGCUCCAACACCUGCAAAUGCUCCACCAGUAGCAGUAAAUGCUCCAACACCCGCAAAUGCUCAACCAGCACCAACAUAUGCUCAACCAACACCAAUAUAUGCUCAACCAACACCAGUGCACAUUCCACUUGCACAUAGUCUGGCUCAACUAGCAACAACUUCUCAGGCUUUAACUGUACAAACAUAUGCUCCACAAGCACCAACAAAUACACCAUCUGUACCAUCAGAUGCUCCACCAGCACCAGCAAAUGCUCAGCCAGUAGCAGCAAAUGCUCGACCAGUAGCAGCAAAUGCUCCAACACCUGCAAAUGCUCCACCAGUAGCAGCAAAUGCUCCAACACCUGCAAAUGCUCAACCAGCACCAACAUAUGCUCAACCAACACCAAUAUAUGCUCAACCAACACCAGCUCACAUUCCACUUGCAAAUAGUCUGGCUCAACUAGCAACAACUUCUCAUGCUUUAACUGUACCAACAUAUGCUCCACAAGCACCAACAAAUACAUCAUCUGUACCAUCAGAUGCUCCACCAGCACCAGCAAAUGCUCCACUUGUACCAGCUAAUGCUCAGCCAGUACCGGCAAAUGCUCGACCAGUAGCAGCAAAUGCUCCAACACCUGCAAAUGCUCAACCAGCACCAACAUAUGCUCAACCAACACCAAUAUAUGCUCAACCAACACCAAUAUAUGCUCAACCAACACCAGUGCACAUUCCACUUGCACAUAGUCAGGCUCAACUAGCAACAACUUCUCAUGCUUUAACUGUACCAACAUAUGCUCCACAAGCACCAACAAAUACACCAUCUGUACCAUCAGAUGCUCUACCAGCACCAGCAAAUGCUCCACUUGUACCAGCUAAUGCCCUACCAGUACCAACAAAUGCUCAACCGACACCAGUUCACACUCCAACUGCACAAAGUCCGGCUCAACCACCAACACCUUAUGCUUCACCUGUACCAAGAGGUUCUGUGCCAUCAGCACCAACAGCUCCACCAGCAGCAUUGCCAGGUCAACCAAUACAUGCUCAACCAUCCACAACACCAAUUGAACUAUCCAGCAUGCCUGCUCCAAAGCCCACUCCCAAUUCUUCUGCGUCCAUUCCAUCAGCACCAACACUUGUUUCGCCUGCUGAUACAACUCCACUGUUGACAGAUGCCGAGCUCUUACGAGUGCAAGCAUCUAGUUGUUCGUUAAAAAACUUUGCUGUAAGGGUCGCGAGGGAACUUUUCACUGCGGAUGAGUGUAAAAUGAGUAACUGCAGUGGAAGGAACGGUAAGGCUGCCUUGGAUCCGGUGCGUCUAGGGUUCAUAUACAAACAUGUGCCAGCUCUGUGGGGAAUUCCUGAGAGUGAACGUAAAGAUGCAUUGAAAAAAUGUAGGGUUGCCAUCGAUGGGUAUGGUAGGAUAUUGAAGUGCAAGAAGUUCAAGUCCACUUAAAAUUGUUUUAUUCUCAAUAAAACUUGUAAUCCGUACUUUGUGUUCACCCCCCUCCCAUAUCUCCCAAAUCACAUCAGAACAUUCUUUUUGAUGUUUAUCUCUGAAAAAACCAAACAUUUAAAGAUAGGAAACAAUUUUAUUGCAUUCCAAGGCCUAUUUAUUGCCUGAAAAAUUAAUUGCUUAUGAUAUGAGAUAUGAAAUGAAGCUAGUAUCAUCUACAUGUAUAUACAUUGUCGUGGUAUUUUGACAUACAUGUACAUGUAGUGUGCACUGCAGCCCUAACACACUGUAGAUUCAAUUUUGUCUGCAAUAUCAAAUUAAGUGAUUGAACCUGAAAAUGAUAGGAUACCAUAGUUGUUCCUUUCAUUGAUUAAAAAAGAUAUUUUAGAGUUGUCAUAGAGCAGCAAUCAUAAUUUUAAGUUAUAGAUAAUGAUGAUGAUAAUGAGAGAUGACUUCGAAGUCAGUUGAGUGUCAGCUGUCAUGAAAUGCCUAUAGAGGUAAAAGAGACAUCGGAGGGGGGGGGGGGGGGGGGUGGGGGCGGGGCAAACCCAACGUUCCACUAAAAAAUUAUUUGGCCAAGCCUGCUUGAUAGCCCAGGGUAAGUGACAGGUCAGGGAAGAGUGAGAUGAUGAGUUUACCUUGAGGCAAUUUCUAGUGCCAUUACAUAACCUCUGCUGUUCAUCCACAUGGUGUCUAAAGGGCCGUCUGCACCAGCCUGAAUUUUCAAAUUAUCAUGCUAUUUCUGAUCCGGCAAAUUAUCCCAAUCUGAACAAUCUCGAGAUUAUUUGUAAUGGAGAUGCAAUCACUGCGAUAGUUCACUGGAUAAAUCUCGAGAUUGCAAUCCCAAGUCUACUUGCAAAAUAGCACAGUUAUUUACAAAUCAUCCCGCUUAUUCACAGGUGCAGAUGCAUUCGAGAUAUGACUCGGGAUUACUUAUUCAUGGCAUCAGACCAUUAUGCAGCGAUGCCUCUCUCGAGCACGAAUUGCUCUUCUUGCGCUGGUGGAGAUGGGGUUUCUUGAAUCUCGAUAUUAAUCGUAAAGAGGGCCGAUCGGGCUAAAAUCUUGAGAUUGAGCAAACUCGGGCUGGUGCAGCACCGCCCUAAUUCCCCACGAAAACACAAUAAUCUUUCUUAAAUGAGGACAGUCAUCAGCCCUGAAGGCGACUAUGGUUGUACUAGUGAAUAAUGGUGAUGGUGACAUUGUAUGGCAUACUUUAAAUUGCCUUUUAUUAUUCAUCUGAAUUUUAAUAAGCAAGGAUACAUGGCAAACAUCCGCUUUGAAGUUCCAUGCUACCAGGAGUGUAGGCCAUAAUAAUGUUGAGUCAUAUGCUCCAAGAAAUGCACAAUACAUAAGGAAUAUCCAAUAUUCGCCAUUAUGUGAGAGUGAGUGAAAUUUACUUGCAUUGUCGCACUGUAAUGUCAAACACGAUCUUGACAAAAAUAUUUAAGAUUUGUUGUGUUUGACUAAUAGUUUUUUUUCCAUUUGUGCAUGAACAUUUUAAAUCAUAAUGGUACUGUAUAUGGAAUGAUGUUAGGGGAUGAAAGUUUCCAGUUUUUCAAGUAUUAUUAAAAUUUACCUGUUUUGUUUGUCUUGCUUGAAUAAAAAUGUUUUGCUUCAGAA